AUGAUAAUUAUUAAACAACCGGAAACGCAAAGUGCCGAAAUAAUACCUGGUUGUGUCUAUCCACCACUUUUCAAGCUAGAAUUCCAACGUGUUGAGGAAUUCGAGAGUAAUGGGCUCAAACCUGAUGCAGAAGCAUUUCGUAUUUCUUCCAUUCUCUUCAAUCCCUUGAAUCUCACUCAGUUAGCUUUCAACAUCGAAAAUGGCUGGUGUGGGGUUUUAGACACUGCCGAUUUUCAAAUAAAAUUGAGUCAUGCCCAUCCGCUUGUGUACCAGCCUAAACCAUCGUCAUGUUUUCUACAACGAAAAGAAAUAAAAUACCUUAACUCCACGAUCCUUCUCGAUACUUCUCCCGAUCUUUCUCGAUUCUCUCCUCCACCGAUAAAUCCUAACUCCUCCGAUCAUUCUCGAUUCUCGAUCAUUCUCGAUUCUGACUCCUCCACCGAUCAUUCUCGAUUGUCUCUACUCCACCGGAACAACGAAGAACAAAGAAGUAUAACAAAGAAACCUGAAUCGGAAGCAUUUUGUAUUUCCUCCAUUCUCUUCAAUCCCUCGAAUCUCACUCAGUUAGCUUUCAACACCGAAAAUGGCUGGUGUGGGGUCUUAGACACCGCCGAUUUUCAAAUAAAAUUGACUCAUGUCCAUCCGCUUGUGUACCGGCCUAAACCAUCGUCAUGGUUGGGAGAAAGUUCGAUUUAUGCGGCACCAGAUGGUGACAAAACUUUGCGUCUAAUGGAAUUUCAUCUAAGUAGCGAGUCACCUUGUUAUAUGGAUUCUAGUGGGGAGGCUGUGGCGGUGGCAGCCAACCCGAAACUGACUCAUCGCGACGUUGUUUGUUCGCAAAGUAUCACAUCUUGUGCAGUACAUCCGUUAUUGAACGCGAUUGUUGUUGGAACUGAUAGAAGUUCCUUGAUGCUGAUCACACAAAAAAGCUCAUGUGAAGGUGAACAAGAAAUGCAGUACAUUCUUUUUAACACUGUUUUAGAUAUUAUGAAUUCUUUCACGUGUUUUGACACCGUGUAAAACUGCACAUGAUUUCUGUGGAUUGACCAUACCACAGUUUCCUAAAAUCUAGGUUAGUUUUUUUUGUUGCUGCAAGAAUCAUUUUGCUACAAUUUUGACCUUGUUCUUUGAAAUGAAACAAUAGGAUACAUACUUCACAUUUUAAA